GUCAGCAGCAGUUUUGGCCGUAGGUAUUAAUUUACAUAAAAUUCUUAACUAAAUCAAUAGUACAAUAGUAAACGAAGUGAUUAAAUCGGCAGUCGCUAUUGGUAGCUAACAUGAAAUGGACGGCUCACAUUGAAGGCGGGCCGCGGCGCGUUAACCAUGCGGCGGUCUGCAUAGGAGAAAAAAUACUUUCCUUUGGUGGCUACUGUUCUACCGAGGAAUAUAAGGAUUGGGACCCCAUCCCUGUUCACGUCUUGAACACACAAACUCUACGCUGGUCAGUAGUUAACUAUAAGAAAACAGAUGUUGUACCUUUUCAGAGGUACGGACACACAACAGUGGCUUAUGGAGAAAAGGUGUUUAUGUGGGGAGGCAGAAACAAUGCAGUGGCUUGCGACAUCCUCACCGUUUUUGACACAAGAACACUGGAAUGGAGCACACCCACCGUCUCCGGGAUGAUUCCAUAUGCUAAAGAUGGUCACUCGGCUUGCAUUAUUAACAAUAAGAUGUAUAUAUUUGGAGGUUUUGAAUAUCUUACUGAUCAGUAUUCACAAGAAGUGCACUGUUUAAACUUGGACACCUUUGAAUGGCAGUUUGUAGAAGCAAAAGGAACCCCACCAUCCCAUAGAGAUUUUCAUACAGCCGUGGCACAUGGAGAUAGAAUGUAUGUCUUUGGUGGGAGAGGUGACUUGAAUAGCCCAUACAAUUCACAAGAAGAAAUAUAUUGUUCACAAAUGUACUAUUUAGACACGAAAACGGACACAUGGGUGGCAUUGAAUCCUAAUAAAAUCUGGCCUUGUGGCAGGCGCAGUCAUUCUGCAUGGAUACAUGAUGAUUACAUGUACAUCUUUGGAGGAUACAAUGGCAACACAAAAAUGCAUUUCAAUGAUCUCUUCAGAUAUUCAAUCAAGAAAAAUCACUGGGAACUGGUCCAUGUAAAUGGGCUGGUCCCAUGCAAGAGAAGGCGGCAGGCCUGCCUAAUUCUUAAAGAUAAAAUGUACUUGUUUGGAGGCACCAGUCCGCAACCGGCGAAGAACGUGCCCCUCCGGCCUGUCUCCGAAGACGACAGCCUCGAGUUACUGCUAGACAACAACGACCUGCACAUACUAGACUACUCACCGACGCUCAAGACACUCUGCUUACUCAAAGUUCUGGACCACAACCUGGACCAGAGCGUGUUACCACGCCACAUUAUUAUGGACAUCCGAAGCAUGUCGCAGCCGAACCGCAUCAGCAGAUCCAUCAACCAGGCGGGCUGAACUCAAAGCAGUGCAUGUGCUUGUUGUUCAGCUAGUACAUGCGCUGUGAUAACUGACGUUGCCGAAUACUUCAUAAUAGGCGCAUGUAGUGCAACUCUAUCGUACUUAUUUGUGUGUCUUUAAUAAGUACUUUUGUCAAAGCUUUGCCUGAACACACAUAUAUGUAAUCUAAGUAGACUAUGCAAACACCUACAUUACAUUUAACCCUUUGUAUGCCUUUGUCAAAAAUUUGCUACUGAAUUAAUAACCUCGAAAUUGUAAAGUACAGUCCAAAUAGUGUGGGACGUAUACGGGACAAAGCAUACGAAAGGAGAAAGUCUAUCGAGUAUUGGCGUUAUUCAAAUACCCGCUACAAUCCUCAAUAAGCUAUCGUUAGUCUUAAUCAUCUGUCAUUUUGACAGAAAUAAAACUUGAAUUAACGAAUUGCGUGUAGCGAAAGUAACGAUUAUGAUUCAUGUACCUACCUAUAGUUUUGUCAUUGAUGUUUUAUACAUUUGUGAUUAAAAACUGUAAUAGAUGUCAUAUAUUAAAGAAAAAAGUGACGAAGCCCUCCAGUGGUGAAGGCCGGAUAAUAAUAAAAUAAUAAUAAUUUGAUUAAUUUGAUUUUAAUUUAAUUUGAUUUGAUUUGUUCUCGAACUUGUUCAUUUGUGAUUACUUAGAUUCUUUUUUAUUUUUACAACAUUGAUUGAAUAUUUCAUUUCAUUUUGUUUUAUACAAAAAUUUAAUCAGAUGAGUAUUGGCGCAUUACUACAAAACUUUAAAGUGGGUACUUACAUACGUCAUAUUAGGAUAUGAACGCGAUAAAGUCGCAAUAGAUAAUUGCAGUGUCUACCUAUUUAGAUGUAUGUAUGUUCUGUGUCUGAAUUGUAGUAUAUCUAUUAAUUAGUCCAAAGACUUGACAUUACUAUUAUACGAGCUUGAUUGACACGAGUAACUCGAACCAGAGCCUAAUGGUUGUAAAUGUAAGUGUUAUACUUGUCAUCCACAUCGUAUUAGUUAAAAAAUAAAAAUAGGUAGGUACAUUUACAAUCUAGAUAACAAAAAAAGCGAUUAUUAUAAAUUAUUAUUAUAAUGUACCUACAUCGGAACUUUAGACAUUUUUGUGCGACUUAAAAGUUUGGUCUAAUCUAGUCUCAUCAUACAAUCAGAUGAAUGUAAGUCACGCAUUUACGUCAGGGCGGCUUCGGUCUAGUAUAAAGUUUCCUUAACGUUAUUUGUCACUAAUACAUUAGUAGGUUUUUUUCUAGUACGAGGCCACAUAGUGUAGAACUGUUUAGUAAUACAUAGUACUACAUCUUGUACCUACAACUUUACUGCCUUAACAAAUCGCAAAAUAACCGUAACAGAACGUCAUUUCCUUUCCUUCCUGUAUUAUCUUAAAGAUUAUGAUCAUGAAGAAGAUGAAUAUCUAUAUUUAUAUUAUUGAUGUAAAGGAUGAUUGAAUGACAUGCGAGAGUUAGAAUAGAUGUUACUACCUAAAUAACGUCACAGAGUUAAACCAAGAAAAACAAAGAGUAAAGUAAGUGUCUAACUCUAAAUAUCCAUGUGUAAUAGAUAUUAGGUUAACUGGUCCUAUAAUAAAUAACACCUAUAAGAAAUUCACGAAAAUUUUAAUCUGCUCAAGUUGUAAUGUACCUUUGUUAUAUAUUUUAUUCCUAGUUUUCAGUUGUUUUGUUUUAUGUUCUGUUCAGAGUACCUAUAAAUAUAAAUAUCUUAUAUGUAUAAAUAAUAAUAAAUAUAAGACGUAAAAAACUAGCAAUACAUGAAAUGUCAUUUUAGUCUACGGAAUAAAAAAACAGACUAUAGUAGUGGCUAAUACCUACAUUUAUUUGGUCUAAAUAUAGGAGCCUAUUUUAUUUCACGAUUGACCAUGAUGAUAUGAUAAUAAAGCAGUCUAUUCAUCAAUUUUCUAUUACGAUGAGAGCGCCGAAGGCUCCGGUCAUAAGUACGAUUUAGCUAAAAACGUUGCACAGUUCUGACCCUAGAAACGUUGCGAUUGAUAAUUGUGAAUUGAAUACGAAUUUGUCGAGGAAAGCAGUCUUGUGAUUCCAACCUCCGAAUUCCAUGCUGGGAAGCAUUGGAAUUGACGUGAAAGUUUCUUUUUUUUCCUUGCAAGUGUGUUGAAAAACGUAUGAAACGCGUGUGCAUUGGUCAUUACACACAUCUGCUUUCUUAUUACAAUAUCGCCUCGUGUGUAAUGACCAACUUAGCACACAUGUAUCACAAUGUACUAUUAAUAGCAAUUGAUUGAAUGAAAGAUUUUUUUAUACCUACUUACUC